AUGUUCUCUGGACUGUCCCGAGCGACUGUCAACAUCCUCAUCGCUUCAAACCACCUACACUUUACAGAAAACUUUGCGAUCCGCUCGCUCUCUACCGCCAUGACCAACGUCACUCGCACCCCUACCAAGGUCGUCUACGCCUAUGAAACCCCCGAGGGCAUGGGCGCGACCGUCCGCCGCUCAAUCGGCACCCAGGCUCUGCGCAACCUGUCCCCCUUCCUGAUGCUGGACCACGCCACCAUCAACGUCGAGGACGGCGCAGGCUUCCCAGACCACCCCCACCGCGGACAGACCACUGUCAGCUACGUCCUCUCUGGUGCGCUGCACCACGAAGACUUCCUCGGCAACACGGGCACCCUCGCCGCCGGCGACCUGCAGUGGAUGACGGCCGGCCGCGGCAUCAUGCACUCUGAGAUGCCCCUGUUCGAGGGCCCCAACCCCGUCCCCGCCGAGGCGCUCCAGCUCUGGAUCGACCUGCCCGCCGACCAGAAGAUGAUCGAGCCCUCGUACCAGGAGAAGAAGGCAGCCGAGAUUGACACUGUCAACCCGCAGCCGGGCGUCCAAGUCACCGUCAUCUCGGGCGAGGCGUUUGGCGUAAAGGGCUUUGUCCGUCCCGUCGGCGGAUGCUGGUUCCUCGACUUCAAGCUCACCGACGCCGGCGCGUCCGUCUUCCAGCCGCUGCCAGAGGGCUGGACGGGCUUUGCGUACGUCAUCACCGGCGCCCUCCAGGUCGGCGAGGAGGCCACCCCCGUGGACAAGUUCAACUCGGUCGUCCUGUCCGCUGAAGAAGGCCAGAACGGCGUCCUCCUCACCCGGCCCGAGGGCACCACCGAGGACACGCGCUUCGUCCUCAUUGCCGGCGAGCCCCUCGACCAGCCCGUCGUCCAGGCCGGACCUUUUGUCCUCACGUCCCGCCAAAAGGCCAUGGAAGCGUACAUGGACUUCCAGCUGGGCAAGAACGGCUUUGAAGGCGCGCCCGGAUGGGAGAGCAAGAUUGGCGCGCCGCUGCGUCGUGCCAACUCGCGUUAA